AUGAACGGCAGAUGAGGUGAACACGUUAACGUUGCAGUAAGUCGCCUGGCCAAGAGACACUUCACCACCACCACCACCACCAACAUGACGAUUAUGAGGGAGGAAGACUUGGAAAUCGCUAUCAAGGUGGUGAUCGUGGGUAACGGCGCUGUGGGGAAGUCUUCGAUGAUCCAGCGGUACUGUAAGGGCACGUUCACCAAGGAUUACAAGAAGACAAUCGGCGUUGACUUCCUCGAGAGACAGAUCACGUUGAGUGGGGAGGAGGUACGGCUUAUGUUGUGGGACACGGCAGGACAGGAGGAGUUCGACGCUAUCACCAAGGCUUACUACAGGGGCGCCCAGGCCUGUGUCGUCGCCUUCUCCACCACCGACCGAGACUCCUUCAGUGCUGUGAGAAAGUGGAAGAAGAAGGUGGAGGACGAGUGUGGUAACAUACCCAUGGUGUUGGUCCAGAACAAGAUCGACCUCAUCGACCAAGCCACCGUCAAGCCGGAUGAAGUCGAGUCUCUAACUCGUCUGUACAGGACAUCAGUGAAGGAGGACCUCAACGUUGAUCAAGUGUUCAAUUUUCUAGUGGAGCGAUACUUGGCCCUCAUCAACCACACGGAUGAUAUCUAUACCACCAAGAGCGUCGGAGAGAGUGAGUAUGGGAGAU